AUGAACUCGACUGACUGGAUUGUGGAUAGUUAUGAAGAAGCUUUUGCCAAAAACAUUGUGAUUGUUUCUCUUGGUCUUAUCAUUAACUUCAUUAACGGAAUGCUAAUGGUGACUUUCUUCUCUAAUCCAAUGUUUUCAAGAGACUCCAGAUACAUUUUAUACAUUCACCUGGUAUUCAAUGACAUUCUCAUGAUAUGCAUAUCAGUGACUUUAAAUGUGUUGACCUAUGUUUCACCACUUGUGAAUGCAUCAUUGUGUUGUGUAUUAGUUUUUCUUGGUACGACCACUUUUAUGAUCACUCCAUUAAAUCUGGCUGGUAUGGCAAUAGAGCGUUUCAUUGCUAUCUGUAAACCACUGCAUCACUCUCAGAUUUGCACACCACGAAGAACCCACAUCUUUAUAUGUUUGCUGUGGGUUAUAGGGGCCAUACGUUCUAUAACAGAUGUCAUUAUUUCACUUUUAACCCAACCUGUAUCUUUCUUCAGAUCAUUUAUACCUUGCUACCCAAAUUAUUUGUUCCCUUCCAAAAGCCACCAGUACAACACCACUGCUUCACAAGUCAUCUGUAUGUCAUUGGUGUGGAUAAUUCUCAUUUAUACUUAUUGCAGAGUCCUGUUCACUGCCAGAAAGGCUGAUUCAAAGGGUUCAGCAAAUAAGGCUCGGAGUACAAUAUUGUUGCAUGGUGUCCAGUUACUUCUUUGUAUGCUUUCCUAUAUCACUCAUUUUAUGUUUAUGAUUACUACUCCUUUUUUCCGUCUUCACCAAACUAAGAUAAUAUUCUGUGUUUAUCUGUUUACUAAUAUUUUGCCAAGAUUACUAAGUCCUUUGAUAUAUGGGGUCCAAGACCAGAAGUUUGUGAAACAAAUGAAGGAAUACUUUACUUGUAAUAUUGUUAUUGUAAAGAUAGUACCAUCAUAA